UCGUCGUCUUCUCUGCUCGUCAAGACAAGUUUCAACCUCUGGAGUUUCGAGAUCACUCUGAUCUUUCCGUAGCGAGAAAAUGGCAAACGAUUCUCUGGCGAGUCCGCUGCCAAACACGAUGUGGAUGCAGCAAGAAGACCACUAUGCGAGUGAGAUCGAUGAGCCGAGGCGGUCUUUCCUCAGCGAGCACAACCGGAGAAGCGAUGAGCCGAGGCGGUCUUUCCUCACCGAGCACACCCGGAGAAGCGAUGCCAGCGUGAUCACUUUACCGGUCCCAGGGACCUCAACCCUGAUGCCGGCAAGGUUCUCAGCCGCGUCGUCCCUGGACAUGGGGAGGAAGAUAGAGAGCGCGUCACCAGAGACCACGAAGCACGUGGCGUUGAGGAUGUACAAGAGCUUGAAGACGCACGGGUUGAGGAGCGAAGCCAGAGGAGCGUUCACCAGAGAAGUAGAAGGCGACGUGAUCUCCGACGUGGAGGCGAUCAAGAACGAAGGAGAUGAGGGUGGGAGGAGGAAGUCAGCGGAGCUUCUGGGAAUGGAGUACUUGCUGAAGGAUGGUUUCGUGAGUUAUCUGCGGGACAUGGCCAAGAUCACACCCCCAAUCCCUCAGCAGGUGGUUCGGUUCUACGGCAUUAAAUAUUCCAAAAACUGCGAAAUCUCCUCAGGAGGAUAUGCAACCUUCGGGAAUAAACUGAUGGGAUGUUUCCUUGGGCCGAUCAAGACUAUACUUAAAGAAAAAGGCUUGACUCGGAUGCAGAUCCUAAAGGGAGUGGACGGAUGCAUCAUGCCGGGCUCGAUGACUCUGUUACUAGGACCUCCGGGAAGCGGAAAGAGUACCCUCCUAGAAAUCCUGGCAGGCAAAGCUAAAGUAACUCCUAACUCGAGAUUGGGAGGCUCGGUAAUGUACAAUGACAAAUCUGUCACUGAAGUAUGCCAUAGCAGAUUCAUUGCAUAUGUCAAUGGCCAACUUAACAAACACAUUCCAUUUUUAUCGGUUAGAGAGACACUUGAGUUUGCAAGGGAUUGUACCCAGGGUCUGCGGCCAGAGAACUUCACUCCUCAGAUGAGGAAAUUCUUUGCACAUGCCCUUGUGGAAGGACAAGAUCCAUUCUUGGAGUACGUUUUAGCAAUUUUAGGUUUGAAGGAAGUCGAGCACAAACUAACCGGAGAAGGCUUCUCCGAUUUCGAUCGCCAGAAGCUCACAACGGCUGAAUUGGCACUCGGAACAUACUCUGUCAUGAUUUAUGACCAACCAUUUUCAAGUUCUGAUCUUGCAGCCACCUACGACCUAGUAGACACCCUACGCACCAUGAGCAGAAUUCAGCAUUCAUCUGCGAUUGUGUCGUUGACCCAACUCUCCCAAGAAAUAUUCGAUCUUUUUGACCGAGUUAUACUGCUCAGCGAUGGCCAUGUUCUCUUCCAAGGUACUCGCCAAGAUGCCAUCCCAUACUUCACAAAGCUCGGGUACAUAAAACCAUUACAUGUGGAAUCAAAUGAGUUUCUUGAAGACAUAGCAGCCGGAGAUGGGUCCAAGUAUAUGGCAUCAGGAGCAACAUCCUCGACUCUAGAGGAGCUUGUUGAGUGCUACAACACGUCAGAUCAUUACCAGGACAUACUGAGGAUUGUGCAAGGAGAUGAGGUAAAGCAUACUUAUUGGGUAGACAGCGAGCUGGGACUUGGGUUGACUCUCAAGACACCAUCCAAGUACCCUUAUGCAGUUGAUGGACGGCCAAGAAAAGAGACGGAAUUGGUGGUUGCCAAGCUAUCAAGCAAAAUAGGGAAUUCAGGGGGAAUAGAAAGCACCGGAAGAGUUCAGGUUGGGGAUGUGGUGACUGCAAUAUCCAUAAACAAUGACGAAAUGCAAUAUCUCUCAGUUGGACCCCAAGAGAUACAACAUGAGCGAGCCUCACAUGUAUAUUCCAUGCUAAAGCAGGCGAGAGGGCAUAUUCGUCUCCAAGUUGAGCGUUCCAAAGAAGAGGAAGAUGAGAACCAAGCUCAAUUAAAGCAAUUCCGGAGGCCGUUCGUCCAGACAUGGUGGGAGUCUACUCAAACACUCAUCAAGAGGCAAAUCAAGAUCACAAAGAGGCUUCAUGCUAUAAUCAAAUUGAGGCUUUUCCAGGCAAUUGUACUGGGCUUAUUUGUGGGAUCACUAUACUACGAUUUUGGCGGCAAGUACAACCAACGGCAGAUGAACUCAGUAAGGUCCCUCGGAUUUGUAUCCACUAUGAGCAUUAUGCUCAUAAAUUUGGUGCAGCUUCCUAUCUAUUUGCUCCAGAGGCCAAUAUUCUACAAGCACAAGGCUCAGAGAUUUUACAGGGUCUCCUCCUAUGUCGUUGCCCAUUGCAUAGUCAACCUACCGCAGACCCUAUUGGAAGCAAUAGCAUAUACAGUAGGUGCCUAUUUUCUAGCUGGGCUAUCAUUAACAGGAAAUGGAGCACCAUUUUUCCAGUAUUUGCUACUCCUAUUCUUGGUCGCAUAUUUCGGAUCAGCAGUAUUUUUCUUUCUCAGUGCGAUUUCCUCAAUCCCAGAAGUUGGGAAUGCCUUGGCAGGACUAGUUGUUUCAAUCUUCCUGCUGUUCAGUGGUUUUCCGAUUUACCCAUCCAAUGUGCCAGUAUACUGGAAAUGGCUAGUCUACGCGAACCCAAUCCACUGGGCCAACGUCUUAUAUUGCAAGGCUCAAUUUGAAAAUGACUAUCAAGAUCCUUGCUCUGGCUACCAACUCCAACUUGCCUUCUGUGCUCAAUUCCCUGACAUGACCGUUGGAAAAGCAUACCUGGAAUAUUAUCAGCUGUCUGAAGAUGCUAAAAACCCCUGGCUCCCUUAUGUCGUUCUUAUUGGGUGGACUUUCAUUGCCAACUUCCUCGGAUUACUAGGACUAAAGAAGAUAGAAUUCACAGAAACUAGCCAAUCCUUACCCUCUAUCAGAUCGUCCCCAACAAUCAGCAACUAUAAAAAGGACAUGGAGAGGGAGUUUCAGUCACUGGAAAGUCACAAUGAACAAACCAAUAGUUUUGAAGCUUCUCAAAUUUCUGGACGACAAAGAGAUGGAAACAUAAGGGACAAUGGCCGAGUUGAAGAAUGGGUAGAGCAGUUCAGCAUCGAUAUGGAGAGGAAUGGACUAGGCAUUUCUGUAGAGCCAAUAACUCUCCUUUUUGAUGAUCUAUCAUUCAUGAGGUACGAUGAAGACAUGAAAGACGGCUCUUCAAUUUUCAGCAACAUCACGGGUUUUGCUAGGCCUAGGAACAUGCUUGCUUUGAUGGGUGGUUCGAAAGGAAGUAAAUCUACUCUUCUAAAAUGCCUGGCUGGGAGGGCACCUUCAAUGGGUAGCCUCAAGGGCAGCAUCCAGGCAAAAUGUUGGGACAAGGGUGCUGCCUAUUCUAGACUUACUGGCUACGUAGAGAAGCUCGAUGCACACCAACCUUAUCUUUCAGUGCGUGAGACCCUUCAUUUCAGUGCAGCACUACGUCUCAGUCAAACAAUCAGUUCUGUGAAUCGUCGCAUCCAUGUGGAGCUAGUCCUUGACCAACUUGAUCUAUUGCCUUACUCAAAUCAACUAGUUGGUUCCCUUCGUGAUGCCACUGGUAAAACAUUUGAGAUAGCCAAAAAGAUUACCAUUGCUGUUGAACUUGCCGCUAAUCCAAGUAUUCUCUUUCUUGAAGAACCAAUAUCAGGACUGGACAGCAGAGGUACCUCAAGUAUCCUUAAUAUUCUUUCUCAAGUUUCCAAUUCAGGGCGAGUUAUUAUUGCCACUUUAGCACACCCUAAUGCCCGCACACUUGAUUUCUUCGACUUGGCCCUAAUUCUGACACAUGAAGGUCAGCAAGCAUACUUUGGCCCAAUAGGACCCGACUGCGGUGACCUGCUGGAUUAUUUCUUAUCAGUUUCAAAAGUUCCCCGCAAUUCCAUAAGAGUGAGUCCAGUUAGUUUUGUCAUGUCGACUCUUGGAGUAGGCAUAAAAAAGAGAGCGACACCAUCGAUAAACUUUGCAGGGGCCUACCAAGCUAGUUCCCUGCAUGAAAUGAACAACAGAGAAAUCAACAGUAUAAACAAUUUAACUGAGGAUAGAAAUUCCAAGGUUUCCUCUUCUGUUUAUCCUGCUUCAUACACACUGCAAGCCCUAAUGGUACUACUCAGAACUCAAAGAUUCCUGUGGAGAAAUGUACAGUACACAUAUGGUAGACUUACAGGGUGCAUCGUGAUUGGUCUUCUCAUGGGUUCCCUGUAUUGGAAGAUUGAAUAUGACGAUUUAUAUGGCCUGACUUCGCGCUCCCUCUAUAUAUAUAUGCAAGUAAUUCUCAUAGGAGUCAUAUCAGCAAAUAAUGUUAUUCCUCAGAUUGGCACAGACAGGUUAGUGUACUUUAGAGAAAAGAGAGCAGGGAUGUACCAUCCUAUCUUUUAUCCUCUGUCAUGGGCACUGGGAGAAAUUCCAUAUUUCUUCAUUGCAACUCUUGCAUUAGUAGGAAUCGGGAAUGUUAUGGCAGGAAUUGCAACCAGUUCCAUCCAUGAUUUCAUGAUAUACUGGACUGUGCUCUUUGUGUUCACAAUUUGCCUGACAUACUUCGGAAUGAUGAUUACUUUCCUAGCCCCAGUGCCUACACUAGCUGCAUUUGCUGUGUCGAUUGUGACAUCACUGUGGGUUUCGGCUUCUGGAGUAGUUGUCAUGCUAUUGGACAUAAGGUUCUACCGGUGGAUGUAUUGGAGCAACCCUCUCCAAUAUGCUAUAGACGUGAUGACGUCAAUCAGUUUCUACUGCAAUACUAAAGAGUGUGUAUCAGAUUGCAGUUGCCAAAAAUUACCCGAUGGUUCUUAUGCAUGGGAUAGGUUGGCCUCCUUGAGGAGUUUGAGCUAUGACAGGAUAGGAACCGACAUGGUCAUCUUGUCCGCUAUGUCCCUCUUAUUUGCUUGCCUGGCUUUUCUCUUCUUUGUCGUUCUGAAGCACAACUCUCCCCCUCAAACAUAGCUACAGUUUCUGCACAUCAUCCGGACAUCAUAAGGGUGCUUGAGAAGUGUAUGGCUGGUGACAGAUGUAACCGAGCAUCUAGAUGUUGUAUUUUUCUUUUUUUAUCUUUUUUUUCCCUUUUUGACCUCGAUGAAUAAAGUGCAAUAUUUCUGAAGGUUUGCGGAAGCUAAUAGUGAUAGUUUCGGGUGAGCAUGUGAGAUUUUACUUAGCAAGGGGACAGCAGAAGGAUGUGUAAAUAAAAGUGGACUCUCACGGCUAAGGAAGCGGAGGGAAAAAGGGAAGGCUUUUAUUAUUUUAUGAGAAUUACAGACGGAAUGAGAAGGAGCUGAAGUUGUUGGUCUGCCAGCUUGAAAUGGGCGACCACAAUCCUAUUUAUAGGUCUAGAUGACCGACUUACUCAAGGAAAAUCUUCUGCACUUGUCAGAGAUUUCUUACUUUCUCUUUUUUUCCUACACACUUCAACACCUGUGUUUUCCAGACUAUUCAUUGCCGCUUAAGCAAGAUUUCUUUUCUUUGA